AUGCUUGGUGCUUCAAGCAGCGAUGAAGACGACGACGAUAUUGUAGAGAACGACAACGAUGUUCUCGGUGUGCCCCGUCCUCUCGCCGUUCUUCAACAGUCUGCUAGCCCGCGAUCCAACUCGCCGGCCCCUUCCGACUCCUUCAGUCAAGCCAACAGCCUCAAACACAGCGACAGUUCCUUCGCCAAACGAGAUCGCAACUCGUUCAGGACUGGCAACACCCCCCGGAAAGUAAGUGUUACCCUGCCAUAAUUAUCUUCUCUCUAGAAGCCUUCCAGUAGUACGGUAACAAAUCGACCGGUCGCUCAAUCUUCUCAAGACAUCUCAGACGAAGAAGAUGAGAGUUACAGUCAGCCGGCUCAGACAGACGAGCCAAGACUGUCGAAAGAAGAACAAGAACGAAAAAGGUUUGUCAUCAUCCUUUAAGAACAGUAUUACAGACUAUUUUUAAGAAAUUAACCAACAUUAAAAUAAGCUAAUUUAUUGCUUUCAGAGCAGAAGAAGAGGAAGAAGAGCGGCGCAAGAAUCUACAGUUAUAUGUCUUUGUAGCCAAAUGUGCAGCAUAUCAUUUCAACGCCAAACAGCCGACAGAUAUGGCCAAACGACAGCUGAAGAUCACCAAACAAGAGUUGGCUAGGAUCAAGGACCGCUUCCAGACAUUUCUGAAAGGCGAAACCCAGAUUCCGGCCGACGAAGCCUUCACCAAAGCCAUAGAAUCCUACUUUGAAGUUUUCCUCAAAUCCGAACGGGUAGCCAAAGUCGUCCAGGCCGGAGGGUUUUCGGCGUACGACUUUCGCGAAGUCUUUAGAUGCAAUGUAGAAAAGAGAAUCAGAAGUCUGCCAGAGAUAGAAGGGCUCAGCAAGGAGACCGUACUCACAUCAUGGCUCUCGAAGUUUGACACGAUAAUGAAAGGGGAUGAAGAUCAACACAGUCGACAAACUCGCGGUCGAAUGAGAGGUAUGAAUCAACAGAACGGAGAUGCCAUCAUGUCGAAGGAACAGUUGUACGACAUGUUCCAACAAGUACUGAACAUCAAGAAGUUCGAGCACCAGAUCAUCUUCAACUCGCUUCAGUUGGACAACCCUGACGAACAAGCCGCAGCCAUCAGACGUGAAGUCGCGACUCGUGAAGAAGUGUUACGUGAGAUGCCGAGGGUAUGUUUACGACUACCGUAUUAGGGGAUUCUAAUUAACUACACGUUUCCUUUUCAGCUACGGAAGAUAAUGCCCAAGUUCGUUGUCAAAAACAUGGACACAUUAUUCAUGGAUGAGGUGCGCCAGUCCAUCAACCAGCUGAUCCAGAAUCUGGAAUCAGUGCCGGUGACGCCCCGAGGGCAGACGUUGAACCGCAAGAAAGACGGUAAAAGCCGUUCUCGGUAAGACUUUCGUUCUCUGGUGUUUCCCGACUUCCGAUACUCUUUUCACUUUGAUUUCAGUCGAUUACUUUGUGUUAUGAUUUCAGAUUCUCGUUCAGAAUUAAAAGGUAAAAUACUGUCCUUUUUCACUUUUUUGCUCUUUCAUCCUUCGUAUCACAUUGGCUGUCAUAAUACGUCCCUUUCGUUUAUAACACGAUGAUGUGCCUUUAUGUUCUGUACUUGACUCUGUCACACUCUGAUUAACACUUUACACGUUUGAUGACAUUUUUGGUUUGUGUGUUACAUGUCUCGAAACUUACCAUAGCUUGUGACUAAGCGGUUUUACUAACGGUUUCUCACGUUUUGAUUAACACUCAGACUACUAUACACAUACUGUGAGCAAAUUGUAAUUGAUUAACCGAUUUUUAGGUCACGGAGCAUCGAGGACUUGUCCUUGUUCAACAGGUAAGAGCAUAGUAUUUACGGCGGUGUGUAUUUCUGGGUGGGGUCGGAGUGUUCUAGGCUAGUUGUGACCGGCUUUAGCACGAUAACCGAAAAAACGCUUUUGUAAUGGUUAGCUAGGUCAUAGUAUAGUAGUUUUUGGAAUAUCGUGAAAUUUGAUGGCAUGGCGAAUGCUGAUAUUGUAGUAUAUUGUGUCCCCUGUGAUUUUUGUUGAUUUUAUUUUUUGCUUUCCAAUGGGUACAGUCUACAUCCAACCUUCUUGUAUAUUACCCUUGUAUGGCUAUCGGCUUAUCCUCUAUGUAAAAGCUUAUCAGUCAGCUACUCAAUGACACAAACGUAACCUUCGCUUUUAGCUUAAAACGUCGGACUAGUUCUAUGUCAUUGAACAAAGGGGAGAGUGAAGAUGCCGAAGUGUCGCUGACUAAAAGUGAUGUUACGCUCAGUUUCAACAUGGAGGUAAGACGCACUGAUCACCACUAGAACUAUCAUUUUUAGGUAGUUGUAAUGGAGGUACAGAACUUGAAGUCAGUACAGCCAAACAGGAUAGUAUACUGUACGAUGGAGGUGGACAGUUGCUCAAAACUACAAACAGACCAUGCAGAAGCGUCGAAGCCACAGUAAGUUACAUUAUUGUAGUCGAAAACACAGUUUAGAUGGGAUACGCAAGGCGAUUUCACCACGAAACAUCCAUUACCUACAGUAAAAGUGAAGCUGUACGCUGAAGUCAAGACUCUGGUCUCAUUCGAGGACAAAGAAUUAGGAAAAGUCAUCAUUCAGCCGACCCCAAACUGCUCCAGAAUCCCCGAAUGGUACAAGAUGACGGUACCAAAAAGCAGCCCAGACCAAGGUCUCAAGAUCAGGAUAGCUAUCAGAGUAGAGAAACCACCCAACUUGAAGUAUUGUGGAUACUGCUACGCGAUGGGGAAGAUCGCUUGGAAGAAAUGGAAGCGGAGGUUCUUUUGUUUAGUACAAGUAAGUCCUAUCAAUAAGUUAGAUCAUUAUAGUAAUGCAGUGUAAUAUAAAACUCAAAAAUGUUUUCAGGUAUCCCAAUAUGCCUUUGCAAUGUGUAGUUAUCGAGAAAAGAAGUCAGAUCCCACAGAAUUCAUCCAAUUAGAAGGGUUUACCAUCGAUUACAUGCCAGAGCCAGAUCAAGGUAACAGUAUAUUCUUGUUCUUUAUAUUAAUUUAAUUCCAGAUCUCUACUCCCAAGGCGGCAAACAUUUCUUUACGGCCAUAAAAGAAGGCGACGAGUUGAAGUUUGCGACAGAUGAUGAGAACGAGCGACAUCUAUGGGUCCAGGCCCUUUACCGAGCUACAGGCCAAGCCUAUAAGCCAGUGCCUCCUAAACAAUCAUCGAUAACACCCUCGAAGGCUGUGGCGGACAAGGCCAGCAAGCACGGUCUGGACGAGUUCAUCCAAGCAGACCCAGUCAUCAACCACGACCAUCUAUUUAUGAGGCUGCAGACGUUGACGUUGGACUAUCGAUUGGCUGAGCCAAUCUGUUCGCUAGGCUGGUUUUCACCAGGCCAAGUCUUCGUGCUGGACGAGUACUGUGCCCGAUACAUGGUACGUGGGUGUCAUCGUCACGUUUCUUUGUUAAACGAUCUUCUGAACAAAGCUAAUGAUGGUUACCUGGUUGAUCCUACAUUAAUACACUACUCGUUUGCCUUCUGCGCCUCUCAUGUGCACGGUAAUAGGUAAGAAAUUUUAGAAACACGUUCUGUAGGCAUACAUAUUGAAUAUAUUAAUCAUGUUGCUUUUCAGACCAGACGGUGUAGGAACAGUGACAUUGGAAGAGAAAGAAAAGUUUCAAGAUGUAAAGGAGCGUCUUAGAGUGCUUCUGGAGAAACAAAUCACCAACUUCAGAUAUUGUUUUCCCUUCGGAAGACCUGAAGGUGCCUUGAAAGGUACUCUGUCAUUGUUGGAACGGGUAAGUUGCUAACUUUACAACCUGAAAUCACGUUUCCUUUAAAGUAUUUUAAUUUUAAAAACUUUUAGGUAUUGAUGAAAGACGUGGUUUCUCCAGUGCCUCCAGAAGAAGUUCGUUCAGUUAUCAGAAAGUGUCUUUCUGAAGCAGCCUUCCUCAACUACAACAGGCUCUGUAAUGAAGCCUUGAUAGCUCGUAAGUACCAUAAAUAAAACAUAAUAUUUAAAAGUUCAAAAAUAGAAUAAGUUAAACAAAGAUAAGCUCACAUUGGCCAUAAUUCAAUUAUUUAGGUAAUAAAAAAACUUUCAGAGCGGAUGAGCCAAGACGUCAGUCCUCAACAACGAAUCGAAGACAUGAUUCGGAUCACAGAACUGUGCAUCGACCUCCUGAAGGAGAACGAAGAACACCACGGAGAGGUAAGUUAACCAAGAGCGGGGCAAGGUGUGGUUUCCAGCUUGAAAUCUAAUUACUUCCUUGACAUAACCUUACAAUUUCAGCAGCUUCGAGGGGUGAGUGGGCGUUCUAUCUGUCAGUACCCGGUGAACGUAACCUUUUCUUUCGCAUUUUUAUUUUAUCUUGCCCUGAUUGGUAUUUUCUGUCAUUGUCUCGUUUACCGAGACCAAAACUCACAAUACUAGUCAACACCCACUGUACACUUCACCCUCACAAUAACACUUUCACCCACCAUCAAACACCCUCACCUGCACCUUUCCCAGAACAAUAUCAUUCACUUGUUUCAGGCAUUCGCUUGGUUCAGCGAUCUUCUAGCCGACCACUCAGAAACCUUCUGGUCGUUGUACUCAGUAGAUCUUGAUGAAGCUCUGAAAGUCCAACCUCCUGACUCGUGGGAUGCUUUUCCUCUGUUCCAACUUCUGAACGACUUUUUAUGCUCCGAGCCAUCGCUGAAGAUGGGGAGUUUCCACAAGACCUUGGUGGAGAAGUUUGAGCCGAUGGUCGGUAGAUACGUUGAUCUGAUGGAGCACUCCAUUUCACAGUCGAUUGAGAAAGGCUUCUCCAAGGAGAAGUGGGAACAGCGAAAGGAUGGGUGCGCGACUUCUGAAGACAUCUACUGGAAGUUGGACGCUCUCCAGGGAUUCAUUCAUGACCUUAACUGGCCCGAAGAAGAUUUUGCCAAAUUCCUGCAAAACAGAAUGAAAACAUUGACCAGCGAAAUGAUCGUCAAAUGUGCACAAUGGUAUGUUUUAUAUUUUAAAAGUUGAGAAGAACAUUUUUUUCGUCCUCCAUGACAAGAAUGAUUAAGAAACUUACAUUUAUAAAAUUAAAAAGGUCAGAACUAAUAUAAAAACAAAAAAAGUUUGAUAAAUUUCUAUUUUGAGACAAAAAUUAUCAAAAUUUGUUUCCAAGAAAAUUAUUUAGCACACUUUUGCGCCCGAAAUUACGCAGGCUGCAGAAAAUUGUUUACCAAAACAAAAUUUACGAAAUAUAUUUCUAAAUUAUUUAAAUAAUUACGAAAUAUAUGAAAUUUUUAAUUUUGCAAAAAAAUCAACGAAAUGUAAAACCGGACAAAAUGAUGGUUUCAGUACAUUCCAAGCAUUCGACAGUCAUAUGCAAAGAGCCAAGAAGUCUGUGGAAUAUGUUUUACCGUCAGAAACCUGUGUCAUGAUCAAUGUCAUGUUUUCGUCUCGUCAGAGAGCUGUAAAACUGAGUUUGGAUUCUGGAGAGGUUAGUUUUUGUUGCAUUACACUACCUUUGACGUUACCAGGUAAAGAAAUGCUUUGUUUUAGAUUAAAUACCAAUCAAAACUGGACGAGACCCUGGAAACCAUGAUCCAUGACAUGGAGACGUGUGUGUACGACAAACUUCUGUCUAUCCUCGAAUACGUUCUCUCGAAACUGGCGAGAUACGAUGAAGGAAAUCCAAUUGGUGCAAUCUUAUCAGUGGCUCCAAAGCCAGGAUUCAUGUUUAAUAAGCUGAAGAGCUUUGUCGGAGAUCAGUCGAAUCACACCAACAACACUGCAGUCAACAACGCUCAGAAGGCGGCUGCAACACAAAAGGACUCAGGCCAUAUUGGCAAUCAAUAUGUCACUUUUAUGACACAGUCGGCCGAACAGUUGCAAUGUGUCAUCACUGACGAAGUUUGGGUAACCAACAUUUUUGGGGUACGUUGUUUUUGUCUCUUGAUGUUUAUUUUAAACGUGGUAAAAUUAUAUUUACUAAACAGUAAGUUCGACUUAUUUGUUUAGAAAUGGUACGACGGACAGCUGAAGAUGAUCAAUGAAUGGCUUGCCGAGCGUAUUCAACAAUCUCUACAUCCAUAUCAGCUACAGUGCUUGAACUUCAUGGUCAAGGUAAGGCCAAUAAUCUAAACCACAAUUUUAAAGAUUUUAACACAGGAAUAUAUUGUUUAUAUUUUUAAGAAAAACUAUGAUUUGUAGCCAAAAAUUUUCUAACUUCAGAAAAUCCACACUGAUUUCGAACUUCACGGAAUCGAGCCUGAACGUCUGGAGACCGGCGUUCUGAAGGCGAUCAACCAACGGCUUCAGUUGGAAGAAACGAAUUGUGCCUUAAACGAUCGCAGCAUCAGCGGAUCUUCGUCGCAUCACGGUGGAAGCAACAACCUUCUGAACUUGGGCAACAUCUCCAACGCGUCCCAGGCCGUGUCCAACAUGGGCAGCAUGGUCGAAGGGGCUGGUGCGAAAGUUUUUUCCUUGUUCUCCAAAUGA